AUGCAAUGCUCCAAGUUUCUGAAGUUGGCCAGCCCCGAGCUUCCAUCGAUCAUGGCCCCGAAGGCAAAGUCGGCCGGAGCCAAGGCCAAGGCCUCCGGUCAGGUCCAGAAGACGGCGGCGAAGACGGCCGCCAAGAAUAAAUGGAUGGGUGGCGGCAGCAGGGUCAAACGUGAGAAGUCGACCCCACCGAAGGCAAAGCGGGAGGCAACGGGGGCGCCACCGCCGGACCCGGCAACGACCGCCAAUUCGGGGGGCACCCUCGGUUUCGCCCGAGGAACGAUAUCUGCUCUGCUCACCAGCUUGAAGUAUCAGGCAAGAGCAUUCCGGAACAGAAGCAAAAUGCCCAGAAGACAUUGGAGGAGAUCAGAUGUGUUUGGCUUCUGUUUCUUAAAUGUUUUGAUUUCUAUACUUCCUUCCCCUCCUUGGAAGAAGUACGAGCAAGCAGAGUCGGUGGAGAAGAAAAGGCUUAUUUUGUCCAGGUUGCAAGAGUACGGGGUCAAGAAUUGCAGCUGGGUCAACACCCUUCACCAAGCGGUGGAGAACAAGGAUACCAACAACGAGCGGACACGGACCAACAUGUCAAAGAUCCUCGAGCUCAAAGGCAUCGAGUGCGACGGGGCCACGGACAUUGAGAAGGACGAGAUCUUGGAGGAGGUCUUGAAAGAAGCAGAGGCUGAGUUCCAGUACGAUCGCAAGGUGGAGAAGCACGCCAAGUUUUCUUGCUUGAAUAAGUGCGUGUUCAAGUACACCGAGGGCAUGACAGAGACCACAGCCACCGAGAGCACAAAGAAAAUGGAAAGCUGGGCGAACAACCUGAAGAAAGGGAACCAGCUCAGCUUGGAGCUCCUUUCCAAGGAACUCCGCCCCCAGUGGGAGCACGAUUCCUACAAGUUGUUGGCGGAGAAACACAAGGAGCUCAAUGGCCUUCGAGCAAAGUUGAGGACUAACUCGGAGGAGCUCAUGCUGAUCCAGACCCAGAUCCGAAGUGCCCAGGAUCCGGCUUGGAACAAGAAGCUUGAGGAGAUCACAACGGCGUCCGAAGUUUUGGAUGAGUUCUUGAAGGAAGUGCGGGUAAACUUGGCCGAAGGGCUUCCCAACGACAAGAGCGGCGAUUACCAGGACAAAGUCGGCCAAACGAUCAAAUUCAUCGAACAGUGUACCAACCAUCACAAGGCAUCGGGCCAUGUCAUUAAGCAGACGAAGCAGCUGAUGUCCUCGGACUGA